AACUGAUGGUGCUGAUGUGCAACGCCAAGAAAAGUGACAGCGGAAAAUACAGUUUUGUAUACGAGGUGACCGAAGGCGAGCAGCGCUCGCUGUGGGCGGAGGCCUCUGCUGUUGUCACCGUGGAAGACAAUCCCUGCCCCGUCCGAAUGAGUCCACACGAGGCGGUUGAAGAACACCAGACAAUCAAUGUGAUGUGCUUGACCUCCACGACAUGUCCCGCAAAACCACAAUUAUUCGAUCACAACCUGCUGACUCGGUUCAAUGACACGCAUCAUGUUCGGCAUGUGGCCUGGGCCGAUGUUGAGGCCCAUUGGCAGAAUGAUGGCCGGACGAUCGUGUGCCAGGCGCAGGGCAACACUGACAAGUAUUUGAGGGCAUACACCACUUUAAAUAUAAAAUGUAAGAACUUCUACAGUGGCUGAGAUUGUAACCGUAUGCAAAAAAAUGAG